GUGCGUCAGCAGUGUCCGACGGCUUUGUUCCGUAAACGGCAGCAUCACACACUUGAUCACAUCCUCACGAGGAAAUAAAGCAUUGUGUCAAAAUACUACACUGUCAUCUCUGAACAAAUAACUUAUGCAGACAUGGAGAAAUCGAGUAAUUUAAAAUCGUUUUUGGAGUCGUCGCUCAAUGAAAUAUUCAAAGCAACCGUGAGUGACAUUCUGGAGUCUGUUGAGCAGACCUUGUCCGAGUAUCAAGGUAAAAUCCUAAGGAUAGAAACUGAAAAUGAAAAUCUCAGGCGCAGACUGUACGAAUGUGAUACCAGAAUAAAGACGGAAAACAAAGCCAAGGAGAGCAAUCAUGUGGUCACUUCCUGUGUGGACACUUCAGUAGAAAGAUAUCCAGGGGAGACAGCGUGUGCCAACAUACCUUGUUCCUCCACACCAAAUCACUCAAGGCCCCCCACCCAGAACAGGAGAAAGCUAAACUCCCGGCGACCACGCAGAGAGCAGCCCAGUCAGGAUGAAGCCUGUGCUCAGAUGGGGACAAACACACCACCGUCGGAACGACUGUUGUCUUCCAACAUGGAGAAAGGUCACGCCGGUGCGCUUUUCACUUUCACCGUCAAAUCUGACCCCGACCUGCAGGACGGCUGUGCCAUUGACCUCUCGAAGGCCCAGUCGCCUCUCAACCUAGUGGCAGCUAAGCAGAUCAAGAUGGAGGACACAGAGCUGGAGUAUGGUGGCAGCGAGCUCUACGGCUCAGAUUCCAGAGACAGUGACAAUGAUGUGCGGGUCACCAUCGUGUCUGACAGUCACUUGGGGGCCAGUGACAAUGAAGGCAGCUACUGCGGGGACUCAGAGACAGAUGAGAUGGAGAAGAGAUUGAGGCUGGACCACGGUGAGAAGGACACACUGGGGCCAGUUUCAGACAUUGAGGCAGAGUUCUCAUCUAGUGGAAGGAUGUUGCUUGAUGGACGAGAGUCUGGAGUGGUGGAGUCUGACAGAAACCUGUCGGACAGCCGGCUACUGGACGAAGAUGUUUCUGCGGGGGAGGACCUGACGCAGCCUGCUGACAAGCAGUGCACUUCAGAAAUCAAAACGCCUGGCAGUUUUUACCACUGUCCUGAGUGCAACAAAAUGUUCAGCCGCGUCGGCUCGCUGAACAUCCACCUGCGCAUCCACAGUGGUGAGAAGGCCCACACCUGCAGCCAGUGCGGCAAGCGAUUUGGCCGCGCCGACCUGCUCAAGUCGCACAAGCGAACUCACACGGGCGAGCGGCCCUUCAGCUGCAACCUGUGCGGCAAGAGCUACGCCCACCAGGGCCAGCUGCGCAUCCACAAGCGCGUGCACACGGGUGAGCGCCCCUACUGCUGCCCGCACUGUGCCAAACGCUUCAGCGAGCACAACCAGCUCAAGGUGCACCUGCGCACGCACACUGGCGAGCGGCCCUACAGCUGCGGCUUCUGCAGCAAGACGUUCAGCAACGCCGGCAACCUGCGCAUCCACGAGCGCAUCCACACGGGCGAGAAACCCUACGGCUGUGGCCAAUGCGGCAAGCGCUUCAAUGGCAUGGGCGACCUCAAGACGCACUACCGCAUCCACACGGGCGAACGGCCCUACAGCUGUGACCUGUGCAGCAAGACCUUCAGUCAGGCCGGACACCUGACCAUCCACAAGCGCAUGCACACAGGCGAGAAGCCCUACGGCUGCCCUGAGUGCGGCAAGCGCUUCAGUGUGGCAAGCAGCCUCAAGCUGCACCAGCGGACCCACACCGGUGAGAAACUGUAUGGCUGCACAUUCUGCGGCAAAAGCUUCAGCCGCGCAGGUCACCUGAAGCGGCACGAGCAGGUGCACACCAAGGAGAAGGUGUACACAUGCCAACAGUGCGGCCGUAACUACAGCGACAUGUCCACGCUCAAGAAGCACCAGAAGAUUCACCAGAGGAACCUGGCCAGCGAGAGAGGCCAGGCAGCCGCAGAGGAACCUCAGACACAGACUCGGACCGAGAGCCAAGAUAGCCUUAGCACACCAGAUGUGCCACAUGUUGAAACUAUAAAGGUCGAAUGUGAAUGAGGAGACCAUAUAAUGUAACAUUACUGUUUUUGUUUGUUUGUUUUGAGAACUUGCACAAAAUUGUUUUUUGUUUACCUUCAGUAAAAAAUGUUGUGUUACUGCAAUGAUGACACUUUUUACUGAAGAUAAAGCACUACAUCCAAAAAUGGGUAAUCACUGUUUUGUGAGCCCCAGUCAGUCUAACGUACAGAUUAUUACUGUAUAGUAUUUCAGUUUUUUUACUGUUUCAGAGGUUUUCAGUGGGGGGUACAUGGUGUAGAUUCUACUGUUGAAUCCAAAUUUAUGUAGAAGACUUGAUGUCUCUUGUUACUGUUGAAAAAGAAAAUCACUGAAUUAUUUUUCAAAGAAACUACAGUUCUGUAGCACAGAAAUUGCUUAAAAAAAAUAUUAACACAUUACAUUUGCAGGAUGUAACUAUUUAAUGUAAUACUCUUAUCCCGAUCAUAGAACUACAGUUUAAUAUGUCCCACUUUUGUUUUGCUUCAGUAAUAUGGGUAACUGCUGUUAGUUGCUAGUCUAAGACAUUUCAGAUAUAUUUCAAUAUAUAUCAACGUGAAAUUAUUAUAGCACCCACUUUAAGCUCAGUCAAAUUACCUGUACUUUAGAUUGCUUCAAGAGUGAUGUACCAGUUAUUUUAUUGUAUCAUCCACUAUAACUUAUACUCUUUAAGGGACUUACCGGUAAUAAUGAAGGUGCUUAUAGAGAAAAAAAUAAAGCCUUGUGUACAUCAUUAUAUAAAAUAAUAAUUAUUUAUUUAAACUAUCACGGAAAUAAUCUAUAUCAUUAUAAUCAAUAUAAUCAUUCAGAAGUGUUGUAGCAGGAUGUUCAACUGUGUUGUGUCUGUAUAAUGAAUGAUAAAGGAUGAGCCAUUGUGCCGUUUAUACCUAAACAAAAUUAAAAAAAAAUAAAAUACAGCCAUUAAA